CAGCUCUGAGAUCCGAGCUCUUGCAUUAACACAGCUUAUAAAUAUUGGUCUACGUGCACAGGCGUGUCUUCAGUGGUUUACCUACAUCACUGUAAUGGGCACAAAGAAGCUCGCCUUCCUGCAGUGUUCUAACAUUUACAGCGCUCACUCGCUCACUGUCUCUCUCUCUCCUUUAACGGCUAUUGGAUUCCGGCUCACUUCGGAUAAAAGCAUCUCCUGGAAAUCGAAGAAGCUGAUUCACGGGAAAGUUGCUGUGGAAAUAUUUCUAAUAUUUUUUUCCAUCUUCAAGACUACAAGGUGAAGGUGGUCCGAUGGCCAGGCUUUUCUGAUUGGUCUGUGUGUUCCGUCUCGCCAUGGCGCGCGCACUGAGGGCGGUGCUGAGGACGGUGGCUGGAGAGGGACAAACCCUGUUUACACCCUUUAAAGUGCGCGGAGUGAGGCCUUUACAACAACAAGCUCUCCAGCUCUCUCCUGUCCUGCUGUCCACCUUCCUCUCCAGGUGUGGUGCUGCUUUCUGUACUCAAGCCGGUGCAAAGAUGCCAGAAAUAAACACCGAUAAUCUGGAUGAGAAGCAGGUCCAUCUGCUGGCUGAGAUGUGCAUUGUGAUUGAUGAGAAUGACCAGAAGACAGGAGCAGACACUAAGAAGAACUGCCAUCUCAACUCCAACAUCAGCAAAGGAUUACUGCACCGAGCCUUCAGUGUUUUCCUGUUCAACAGUGAAGAGAAGCUGCUCCUGCAGCAGAGAUCUGACGCCAAGAUCACUUUCCCAGGGUGUUUCACUAACACGUGCUGCAGUCACCCUCUGUACACGCCGUCUGAGCUGGAAGAGCAGGACGGUAUCGGGGUGAGACGAGCUGCCCAGAGGAGACUGGAGGCUGAACUCGGCAUCCCCACGCAUCAGGUUCCUCCAGAGGAGAUGACCUACCUGACCCGCAUCCAUUACAAGGCCGAGUCGGACGGGGUGUGGGGCGAGCACGAGAUCGACUACAUCCUGUUCCUGCAGAGGGACGUGGAGCUGCAGCCCGACCCCAACGAAGUGAAAAGCCACCGCUACGUCUCCAAAGAGGAGCUGAAGGAGCUGCUGGAGCAGGCGGAGCGAGGCCACGUGCAGAUCACGCCAUGGUUCAGCCUCAUCGCCAAAACCUUCCUGUUCACAUGGUGGGACAACCUACACGACCUCAAACAGUUCUCUGAUCACGAGCGCAUCCACCGCAUGUGAUCAUCUCCACUGCUGCUAUACUGUCAGAGAUCCACUCCAUCAUCCAAUCAGGUUUUUAACUGCAAAGCAAACAGGUUGAUCAGAUGAAACUGUGGUAUUAGUUUCAUCCAUGGACUGACGUUUCACUUCAUGCCUAAUUUACUUAAUGAUCUUCACCGGUUACAUGAAACAUUUUAUUCUUGAGUCGGACUGAAGGCUCGACACGUGCUGCCCGAUUUUCCUAGUUCCUAGUUUUUACUUAAUUAAUUCAAGGGGGGAAAAGAAGCUGAUAUUUUUCUCUGUAUAUUUCUCGAGCAGAAAAGCCGAGUAUUUAUUUUAAAGUCUUUUAGAUUUAAUCUUUUUAAACAGCUUCUCCCCAACAUGCUGAGGCUCAUCGAUUAAGGGUAAUUACACGUAGUGGACGUUGAUCUUUAGGUUCACUGUGAAUUAUACACACACUUACAUUCAUGUAAAAUAAAUUGUAGAUAAAUAAAUGUAUUGAAUUUCUGUU